AUCUCUAACGCCUGAACAUCAUUAACUGCACUGCGAGCAAACGGCCACACUACAAAUAAAAUGGCCGAUGUUGAUGUCUUUAUAAGUAAUUAUACCCUCGUGGAUCCCGAGAUUUACCAGCUAUGGAUCGAAGGCUUCUCCUCCAGCGAGGCGGUGUCCUACCUCAAACAGAAAGGAUUCGGCCACUCAAUGGGCGCUCCCAGUGACCUGAUUGCCUCCGAUGUUUUGGACCACUACCGCACCUAUUCCCUAAUUGAGCUCUAUCUCAACGCACCCUCAAAACUGAUGGAGCAAUCCUGCUUCCAGCUGGAGCCACAUAUGCGGGACUUAAUCACCGAGAAGUAUUAUUCCAUCGAUGAUGUGGUGGCCCGUGAGAUUCUUGGCAAGAAGUUGUCUUCCCGCUACCGCAAGGAUCUAGACGAGGUAGCCGAAAAGACAUGCGUGAAGCUUAAGUCGGUUCGACGGCAGUUUGACAAUGUAAAGCGAAUUUUUAAAUCCGUCGAGGAAAUGCCUGGUACGCUGACCAACAAUAUAAAACAGCAUUUCUUUAUAUCCACCGAUCUGGCAAAAAAAUAUGCCUGCAUUGUUUUUCUUGCCUGCCUGCGUUUUGAAACCACCAAAAAGAAACUGCAAUACCUAAGUUUCAGCGAUUUAUUGACCUGCUCUCAUGCUAUCAUGAUCUACUGGACAUACACUUACCAGCACACUGGCCCGGAAUACUAUGACACAGAAAUGGACAAGGAGUUUCUUCUGGAUUUGAGGGAACUACGUUGCCUGAUGGAUAAGGAAAAGGAAAUUAAGCACCUUGUCUGCAUGCGCCUCAAACCCGUUCUAUUAGAACGAGCAUUUCAUGAAUUGGAUGGCAAUUUCCGUUCUUACUGGCGCGCCUUGAUCACAAUUGCUUGCAAUUUGCACCGAAACCGGGAACUUCGUGAUCUAUUCGUUGAUCUCUGUGAGAAACUAAUUGAUCCUUGGCGUCAGAAUGGUUGGAAUCGAGAACAAGUGAACAAGUUUUUGGCUUCAAUAACACAGAGCGUCUUGGAGUUGGAAAUAUCUAGAGACCAGGAAACUCGUUGUCUUUGGGAUCGUUAUAUGCAGGUCAUAACGAUAUGCUUGGAUAAAAUGUAUCACAUUUAAGCUGUGAUUUUGUUUCAGAACAAGUUUUAAUAGUUUUGUGUAUUUAUUUAGUUUUGUUGGAUUUAUGUUGUAUGAAUAAGAAAUCUAUGACCAAAAUAUACAAAAAUAUUUAAUCAAAAUAAAAA